AUGCUUACAAACAUUCUCCCCCUCCUCCUCUCUAUCCCCUCCCUCGCCGCGGCUGAGGAUGUUCUGGGUAUCUAUGUCUUCCACCGUCAUGGCGACCGCACUGCCAAGGCCUGGAAGCCCGUCAAUCUAACUGCCCUCGGAGCUGAUGAGGUCCAUUCCUCGGGCGAGUGGUACCGUGACACUUAUGUCGACAACGAUGCUUCUCGCAAGAUCAAAGGUCUCAGCUCUGACACUGCCGUCCUCUCCCAGCUCGACGUGACCGCCCCCGUGGACGCCGUGUUGCAGAACUCGGCUCUUGUCUUCCUCCAGGGCCUUUACCCUCCCGCCAAGCGGAUCGAGACCCUCGCCAACGGCACCAAGGUUGAGGCUCCCCUCAGCGGAUACCAGUAUAUCCCCGUCAACUCUGUCGCCAACGCUGCCAGUGCCAAGGACUCUGAGAACAGCGCAUGGCUCCAGGGAAACAGCGGCUGCACCAACGCCGAGGUCAGCUCAAAUGCCUACUUGUCCUCCACCGAGUACAAGGCAUCGUAUCAAGGCUCUCUUGAUUUCUAUAAAGACCUCCUUCCCGUGAUUAAUGGCACUUACGGGGAGGCUAAUGCUACCUUCAAGAACGCCUACUCAAUCUUUGACCUCAUCAAUGUUGCUCGCAUUCACAACUCCAGCAUCCCAUCUGACAAUCUUCUCAACAAGCCUACUCUUGACAGGCUCUACAAUCUCGCUUCUGUCCAUGAGUGGAACCUUGCCUACAACAAAACUGAUGCCUCUCGUGCUGUGGCCGGAGCUGUCCUCGCCGGCCAGAUCCUCGAGUCUCUGGAGCCCCUGGCCAACGGUCAACCAGGACAUCCCAAGUUCAACAUCCAGUUCGGCGCCUACGGUACCUUUAUGGCCUUCUUCGGAUCUGCGGGUCUUGACAAGGCAUCCUCGGACUUUCUGGGUAUCUGCGACUACGCCUCCUCCAUGGCUAUCGAGCUUGUUACCAACGCCACCAAGCCCACCGUCGACGAUGUCAAGGUGCGCUUCUACUUUGCCAACGGUACUGCGGCCGAGAACACCCCCAAGCUGUUCCCUCUCUUUGGUCAGAAGGAGGAGACACUGCCUUGGAAGGACUUCAAGACUGGCAUGUCCAAGUUUGCCAUCGAGGACGACGCGGAAUGGUGCAAGCUCUGCGGAAACAGCGACGGCGCCUGCUCUGGCAACGGCACCUCUACUUCUAGCUCUGGCUCUGACUCUGACUCUGGCUCUGGCUCUGGCAACGGUAUCUCAAAGGCUGUUGCUGGUGUUAUUGGCGCUCUGGUCACCUUGGCUGUCAUCCUGGGUAUUGAGCUGCUUGUGUUGCUGCUUGGUGGUCUGCGCUUGGUCAAGAAGUCAACUCUUGCUGCUGCUCGCUCGGCCAAUGGUGGUGUCAAGGCAUGA